GACCUCUGGGGAUCAGGACCAGGCCACUCCUGAAAAAUGGUGCGAUUUGUCAAUUUGUUGGUGUCUGGUUUUUUUUGCAGCUGAGGACGGAUUCCAUGGCGGACGUGCUGAGGAGCCUGAACCUCCUGGAGGUGCUGAAGGAGUCCAUGGAGAAGAAGGGGCUCUCCGAGGUGAAGGAGGCGGUGGAGGACCUCCUCAUCAGCAGGGUGAACAUCGCUGUGGUGGGGGAGAGCAGCCCGGAGAAAACCGCCCUCCUCAACUCCCUCCGUGGCCUGGGGCCCGGGGACGGUGGGGUGGCCCAGUUCCCCUCCCCCAGCCCCCAAGAGGAGCUGACAGUUUACCCAAAACCCAAACACCCCGACUUCCGACUGUGGGACCUGCCCGUGGUCCCUGAUGGCUCGCCCUUUGACCCAGAGGAGUACAUGGAGAAAGUCAAGUUCCUGCGCUACAAUGCUGUCAUCAUGACGUCCUCUCAGAUGCGGUUUUGCAGCAACAGCGCCCUCGUGUGGCGGGAGGCCAGAUCGCUCCAGAGGGAGGCUGUGUACUUCGCCUUGCUGGCCUCUGAGCGCGACUCGCAGGAGUCCAUGGAGCCUCGGCGGAAAGCCAGCCAGGAGGCGUUGGGGUCGGAGGGCCUGGCUUCCCCGAGGGUCUUCCUGGUACGUGGCACCGCCUUGGAGACCCUGGACUUCCCCGAAAUCCUGGAGGAAAUGUGGCGGGACAUCCCGGAGGUCAAGGCUGCUGCCCUCCUCCUGGCCCUUCCGGCCCUGUCCGUCGCCGUGGUGACCAGAAAGCGGGACGCCCUCAAGGCGCUGGUGUGGGCGGCGGCCUCGCUCUCGGGCAGCGUUUCGGCCAUCCCCGUGCCCCUGGUGUCCUCUGCGGUGGACGCUGGCGUGGGGGUGAGGAUCCUGAGCAAGGCGCGCGACUCGCUGGGCCUGGACGACGCGUCGCUGGAGGGGCUGGCCCGCCGACGGGGGCGGGACGGGGCGCGGCUCAAGGCCCUGCGUGCCUGCCCCCUCUCCCGGGAGGUCACCAAGGGCGCCGUGAAGAAGCUGCUGGCGGCCGCAGAGAAGCAGAAGCCCACCGGUGCCCGCGUGGUGGAGAUGGCGCUGCCCGUGACCGCCAAGUCCGCCAGCCGCUCCUUCACCACCAUGUUCCUGGCGCUCAAUGGCGCCAUCAACGACAUGGCCGCCGAUGCGGAAAAGGUGGUGGCGGCUGCAGUCGGGGGAACAGAUUGAGGAACUGAACUCUUCGCGACCAAUUUAAGAAAAAAACAAAAAAAAAUAAUAAUAAAAAAAAAACGGAGGUGGCCUAAUACUUUUCGGCCUGUACUGUUCAUGUUGCAUUACGCAUUUGCAUUCAUUUCAUAUUUUUGUUCGCUAAUUUUCCAUGUAUUUCUUGCACCGUGAACAUUGCAUCAGACAUAAGAAAGCUCUUUAAUGUAAAAAAAAGUGCAAAAUGAUUUGAAGUGAUAUUUCAUGGUGACGCUUGCUAAACUUGGCUCCGUUGUUGUUAUUAUCACUUGCUGCAU